AUGGAGCUCGUCACUAAUUUAAAAAGAUCGAGGGUAGAGGAAAAGGAAGCCACGCCAGUACCAGACAACGGUACGCUAGUUAUAAACAUGCAUGGCUGCGUGCUUCGCUCUGUUCUUCACGUGUCUCUAUGCUGGCUCUUCCUUCAUACCAGUUUCAUUAAAGCCUCCGUUGUGUUACAGGUUGUGUCAUUGAUUUACCUCUACUUCAUUAACUGAUGCAGUAUUUGUAUCCAACGUAGUUGGUCCUACUUUAUCACUGUAAUCUUUUGGAAACUCUACAGGGUUUUUCAGCUUGACUUCAUGAUAGAUACUAGGUGUGUCAAUACAUUUCACACCAUUAAACUCCAUCUUUAGUACGUUAAUGAUUGAAUGACUGCCAUCAAUUGUAGCCACAACAUCUCCUGGACCAAACUGUUCCUCAUCUGCUUUUUUAUUCAUGUACCCAAAUUACCCAUUGUACCAAUCAAAAGGAUGGGCUUCAUUCAUCAAGAACAAACCUAUAUCCCGUUUUUGAAAGGCCUUUUUAUCUGGUGUAACUACUGGCUUCUGUAAAUCAACAGAGACAUAUUCAUAUCUUGUACAAUAUUCGGACGAUCUAAACAUCUCCACCUCUUUCUGUGCCGUAACGAUAGGUUCAACCUGUCUUUCUGUAUCCAUUCUUAUAUACUGUUGUUCAUUAGCAUAUUGUUUCAGUGUUUUUUCCACACUUCUGCGUACAUUGUCAGCCUUUUUACGCUUCUCCGCAUUUGCUUUCAGCUCAGUAACAUCUAUUAUAUUAUCUUAUGUUAUAUUAGGUGUGUUUUAGAAUAUAUCAUGGUUAUCAAGAGUGAAAAAAUAAUUAUCAUUUAUUAUCUAAACUAAUUUCAUAUGACGAUUCCAAAUUAUGACAAUAACAAUAACAGAGUAAGAGAGCAUUGAAUAAUAAAUUGAAUGAGAACCACCCAAGGCUCAUCUGUGGGUAAUCAGGUUGUGGAAAGACAAAUACUGUGAUGCAUGUGAUACAGAAACCAAUGGUGUACUAUGAUAAGACAUAUUUGUACACUUCCAAUGAACAUCAGGACAAGAUACAGGAUUUGCGUAAUAUCAGACGUCAGGGAAUAACAGUACAGGGUGAUGGCAUUAUGGGCAGUUUUGGGAAUUUAGCAUCAGAGAAAUUCAUAUUAAAAGGUUUCCCAUACUUCACAAAGACUACAGCUGAAGCUGGCUGGUAUUAUGCAUCAGAGAGACAAUAA